AUGAAUUCAAAUUUCAAUGAAGAUUUAAAUUUAAGUUCUUUUAAUAGAAAUUUAAAUGAUGCUAAUAAAGUAGAUGAUGCUAAUAAAGUAGAUGAUACUAAAAAUAAUGAUACUAAAAAAGUAGAAAAUGAAGAAAAUGAUAAUAAUUAUAGUAAUGAAAAUAAAUUAGAAAAUAGUUCAGAUGAUAAUAUUAAAGAAGAAUUAACAGAUGAUGAUGAAGUAAAUGAAAAAAUUUUAAAUAAAGAAAAUAAAAAUUUAAAGAAAUCAAAUAUUGAAAAUGAUAAUUCAAAAACAGAUGAUGAUGAAGUAAAUGAAAAAAUUUUAAGCAAAGAAAAUAAAAAUUUAAAGAAAUCAAAUAAUAAAAAGAUUAAAUCUGAAUUAAGUAAAGAAAAAUCCAAAUCUAAAUUUAGUGAUUUGUUUAGUCGUAAUCAAAAAUCUGAUUUAAGUAUGAAAAAUAUUUCAGAACCUAGAAAACAGCUAAUUGAGGAAUUAAGUCAAACUAAAUCAGUUAAGAAGCCUUCUAAAUUACCAAAAGAUAUUAAUGAGAACAUAAAAUCAUCAGAAAAUCUAAAGAAAGAAAUUGAUACUCCAAUUAUUCCAAAAGAUGAUAAAAGUGGAUUGGUUGGAAUGUUAUUAAAUCCACAACAUCAAACAAAGGAAGGUGUCUUGAAUAAAAAGGACUCAGCAGACAUGUUAAAGAUUCUAGAAAACUUUAAAAAACAACUAAUAGAAAUGAAUAAUCAAAUAGAAGCUUUUAAAAAGAUAUUAAAACCUUUUAUAAUUGAAGAAAAUCACGGUGAAGAUAAAAAGAACGAAAAAGACAAUUCAACUGAAAUCAUGAACGUAAAAAUAUUUGAAGUGAUGGGUCAAUAA